AUGGGGGCUACCAUACCCAAGGAGCGACUGGAACAGAUGUCCAAGUCCGUCAUGGCCUUCUCAAGCGACGGUAACGACAGCUACAAAGUGAGCGUAACCACGGGCGGCCACACGCAGGAUACAAAGUUCAAGCUAGGUGAGGCGUUCGACCACGAUACAAUGGAUGGCCGACACAUCAAGGCAAGAUAUGCUUUCGCGUUUUCGUGCAUCCUUUUUAAGUGA